AUGCCAGUCGAGAAGCAAGGCAUCCCUCCCGACUCUGGGUCGGGUGGUAGCCCGCUAAGCCAGCCGGCUCACACGCUUCCUUAUGAAGCUGUGAUCAAGGAACUUGAUACUGGGCUGGAUGAGGGUCUGGCUCCUGAUGAAGCGAGUCGUCGUCUGCAGCAAUACGGUCCGAAUAAACUGGAUGAAGGCGAAGGUGUGUCGGUGGUCAAGAUUUUCGUGCGCCAGGUGGCCAAUGCAAUGAUGCUAGUGUUGAUCCUAGCCAUGGCAGUCAGUUUCGGUAUUCAGUCAUGGAUUGAGGGUGGAGUGAUCUGUGCUGUCAUUGUCUUGAAUAUCAUUGUUGGAUUCUUUCAGGAAUACGCUGCGGAGAAAACUAUGGAGUCGUUACAUUCGCUGUCAUCCCCAACAGGCACUGUCUCGAGAGGUGGGCAGACAUUCUCAGUGCCGUCGGCGGACAUCGUGCCGGGUGAUAUGAUCGAACUCAGGACGGGAGAUACCGUUCCAGCGGAUAUUCGCCUGGUUGAAGCAGUCAAUUUCGAAACCGAUGAGGCUCUCCUAACUGGCGAGUCUCUUCCCGUCCAGAAGGAAUGCGACUUGACGUUCAAAGAAGAUACUGGCCCUGGAGAUCGCCUCAAUAUCGCCUACAGCUCUAGCACUGUCACUCGCGGUCGUGGUCGUGGCGUGGUUGUCAGUACAGGCAUGUACACUGAAAUCGGUUCUAUUGCCCUCGCAUUGCGAGGUAGCGGUAACAAGCGUCGUCCCGUUAAGCGUGGUCCCAACGGAGAGACCAAGAAGCGUUGGUACGUCCAGGCCUGGAGUCUCACCUCGGCGGAUGCCGUGGGUCGAUUCCUGGGAGUCAAUGUCGGAACACCCUUGCAGAGGAAGCUAUCAAAGCUGGCCUGUUUACUAUUUGGAAUUGCCGUUGUGUUCGCUAUUGUUUGCAUGGCUGCAAAUUCAUUUAGCAGCAACACCGAAGUCAUCAUGUAUGCAGUUGCAACUGGCAUUAGUAUGAUUCCGGCGUGUCUGGUGGUGGUCCUUACUAUUACUAUGGCAGUGGGCACUAAACGCAUGGUCGAACGGAACGUGAUUGUUCGCAAAUUGGACUCGCUGGAGGCGCUCGGUGCCGUUACAGAUAUCUGUUCCGAUAAGACCGGUACGUUGACUCAGGGUAAGAUGGUUGUUCAAAAGGCAUGGAUCCCGUCUCGAGGGACGUAUUCCGUCGGUCCAUCUAACGAGCCUUUCAAUCCUACCGUUGGAAAUGUCACCUUCGCCCCGGUACCUCCUUCGCAAUUAGAUCAUGAGAAGGAAGGCACUGCUACGGACAACAUAGAAGGCCUGGUCUCAGGGAACCGCCAGCUCGAAGACUUUCUGGACGUGGCCUCGAUGGCCAAUCUCUCUCACGUGUACAAGUCUGAAGAGGGCGAAUGGAACGCGCGUGGUGAGCCCACAGAGAUUGCCAUUCAUGUCUUUGCGUCGAGGUUCAACUGGAACCGCGACCGCUGGACCAAGGGACAAGGUACGAUCAAGGGCCAGGGUACAGUGUGGCACCAACAGGCUGAAUUCCCAUUCGACUCAACUGUGAAGAAAAUGUCUGUGAUCUUCAGCAAAAUCACCCCGCAGGAAACUCGCACAAUGGUGUUCACCAAGGGUGCAGUGGAGCGCAUCAUAGACUCAUGCACCUCUAUUAUCUGGGACCAAGAUUCAUCUACACCGGUGCCCAUGACCAACGAGCACCGCGAAAAGAUCCUCCAGAACAUGGAAGAACUCGCUAAACUAGGACUUCGGGUCCUGGCCCUGGCUCAUCGACCAUACACCGCCCAGACACAACUGCUCGAAGAUGCCGACCUGAAUCGUGAAGAUGUAGAGAAUGAUCUGUGCUUCCUGGGACUGAUCGGGUUGUAUGAUCCUCCGCGCCCCGAAACAGCGGGCUCAAUCCAAGCCUGCUACCGCGCUGGUAUCGUUGUCCACAUGGUGACUGGUGAUCACCCUGGAACUGCCAAAGCAAUUGCUCAGCAAGUAGGAAUCCUUCCUACGAAUUUCAAUGCAGUGGCAGCUGAUGUUGCGGACGCUAUGGUGAUGACUGCGAGUCAAUUCGAUAGACUCACUGAUGAGCAGGUAGAUAGGCUUCCUACCCUGCCUUUGGUGAUUGCACGCUGUGCUCCACAAACCAAGGUACGUAUGAUUGACGCUCUUCAUCGCCGUGGUCGCUUUGCAGCUAUGACUGGAGACGGUGUGAAUGAUUCUCCUUCGCUUAAACAUGCCGAUGUUGGUAUCGCUAUGGGUCAAGCGGGCUCGGACGUGGCUAAAGACGCAUCUGAUAUCAUCCUGACGGAUGAUAAUUUUGCCUCGAUUCUCAAUGCCGUCGAAGAAGGUCGUCGUAUCUUUGAUAAUAUUCAAAAAUUCGUGCUUCAUCUAUUGUCAGAGAACAUCGCUCAGGCCUGCACCUUGCUUAUCGGAUUAGCUUUCAAAGACGCUGAUAGUCAGUCCGUCUUCCCUCUGUCGCCGGUCGAAAUUCUCUGGAUUAUUAUGAUUACAUCGGGUAUGCCCGACAUGGGCCUCGGAAUGGAGGUGGCUGCCCCGGACAUCAUGAGCCGUCCUCCCCAGAGUAAACAAGGUAUCUUCACCUGGGAGGUGAUCAUCGACAUUCUGGUAUAUGGUAUUUGGACCGCAGCGCUCUGCCUGGCAGCAUUCUCUAUCCGCAUGUGGGGAUUCGGCGACGGCAACCUAGCCCGCGGCUGCAACAAGGAGUGGUCCGAAGAUAUCAAAGACUGCGAACUAGUCUUCAAAGCACGUGCCACGACAUUCGUGUGCUUGACCUGGUUUGCGCUGUUCCUCGCUUGGGAAAUGGUCAAUCUGCGCCGGUCGUUCUUCCGCAUGCAGCCGAAAUCCAAGAGAUACUUCACGCAGUGGAUGUACGACGUCUGGCGGAACAAGUUCCUCUUCUGGUCCAUCAUGGCUGGAUGGAUCACCAUGUUCCCUAUCCUCUAUAUUCCCGUUUUGAAUGACGUCGUCUUCAAGCAUAAGCCAAUUACCUGGGAAUGGGGUAUCGUGGCGGUCGAGGCUGUUCUUUUCUUCAUCGGAGUCGAGGCCUGGAAAUGGGCUAAGCGAGUCUUCUUCCGUCGCAAGGCCCGAAAGUAUCCGACGUUGAAUACGUUGGGAGGUCAGGUGGACGUCCCGGAGCGACCCUAA